CCUCUUUUUAAGCUUGAACUUUGCUUGCAGAAGCCUUCUGCAUUUCAAUCUAAUGAGCUGAAUGAACAUCAGAAAAGCUUAUUAUGUUAAAUACAAAAGUCCUUGUGUUCCAUGUUUACCACCCAGUACACCCAAAAUAGUAAGCAGUAAAGUACUGGGAGUUUUGUUAAACAGAACACUAGAGCUUUUUACUGGAAGGAGCAUGGAGGAUGUGGAUUUUAAUUAAACAUCUACAGACUAGAAAUGUAAUUAUGAAGACAAUGCAAUCCCCCAUUCAUUGGAACAAAAGUCCACAAAUAUGUGAAUUUUGCAUCAUCAAAUAACAUAACACAUUUGCACUGAAUGUACAAUAUGAGGAACCUGUUCAUAUGGCUGAAUAUUCUCUUGGAAGUCUCUUUUUUGUGGUCUUGUGCCAUAUGUAUGAAUUUUUUUAAAUUUGUAUCUCAGCAAAAUAAAGUUUCAAAUCAUGCAAGAGUUAAACGAGGAUGGCAAUGGGAACCUUUAAUUUUAAUUGAGGAGCAACCAAUCACAAACCUAUCACGUUAUGUAGGACAGCUUAAGUCUGAUUCUGAUAAGAAAGAUGGGUCAAUUAAAUACAUUUUAUCUGGAGAAGGAGCUGGAAACAUAUUCACUAUGGAAGAAAAUUCAGGAAAAAUAUUUGUUCUUAAAAAACUAGACCGGGAAGAAAAAUCAUUUUAUACUCUUAGAGCACAGGCCAUAAACAGAUUAUCAGGAGUCCCUAUUGAAACAGAAUCUGAAUUUGUUAUUAAAAUUCAGGAUAUCAAUGACAAUAAGCCAAAGUUUAUCCGUGGACCUUAUAUCGCUGAAGUACCUGAAAUGUCUCCCAUAGGUACAUCUGUAAUUCAAGUAACAGCUGUAGAUUAUGAUGAUCUAGCAACCGGAAAUAAUGCCAGAUUGGUAUAUAGCAUUCUUCAGGGACAGCCACAGUUUUCAAUUGAAAUAAAAUCAGGAAUCAUUCGUGUUGCUUCACAAAUUGAUCGAGAAACCAAGGAUCAAUACAAUGUUAUAGUACAAGUUCAGGAUAUGAUUGGUAAUGCUGGUGCACUUUCGGCUACAGCAACUGUAACAAUUCAUGUGUCUGAUAUAAAUGACAAUGCCCCAAAAUUCCAACAAAAAUCAUAUGACAUGUCCAUCAUAGAAUCAGCCUCCAUUGGGGAAAUUGUUGGAGUGGUUUUGGCUGAUGACAUUGAUGUUGGAAAGAAUGCAGAAAUCACAUACUCUAUUGAAGAAAGGGGAGGUCAUUUUAGCAUGUUUAAUAUAAUCACUGAUAAUAUAACACAAGAGGGGAUCGUAACACUAAACAAGCUUGUGGAUUUUGAAAGGGGAAUCCGAAGAUAUCAUAUUCAAGUAAGAGCAGAAAAUAAAUACAAAUCUGAAUUAAAUGAUACAGCCACCAUAAGGGUUUAUGUUGUAGAUGUCGAUGAACCUCCAGUGUUUCUCAGAAAAGAAUAUCACAUGGAAAUCCUUGAAAAUGCAACAGUUGGUUCAUAUGUUGGUACAGUGACUGCAAAAGACCCUGACAUCACCAACAACAUAAUUAGGUAUGGAAUUCUUCCAAAUGAGUAUUCAAGAUCCUUUGAAAUGUAUUCAAACAAUGGAUCCAUCAUCACAAGUAAACCUCUGGAUAGGGAAACUGAACCUUGGCAUAAUUUUACCAUAACAGCAACUGAGGCACAAAACCUUGCCCUUGUAUCAGUGGUAGAAGUGUAUAUCCAAGUUAUUGAUGUAAAUGAUCAUCCUCCAGAGCUUCAAAAUGAGUAUGAUAUAUAUGUUUGUGAGAAAACAAAAGCAGGGGAGCAUGUGCAAACCAUAAGUGCCUUUGAUAAAGAUCCUGUAAUCGACCACCAGUUCUAUUAUAUAAUACCUCCUGAAGAAAUCAGCGAUGCAAAUUUUACUCUCAUGGAUAACACAGAUAGCACAGCUACAAUUCUGGCAUUGCGAGAUGGAUAUAGUUUACACGAAAAUCCAAUAUAUUACUUAACGGUUAUAAUAAGUGAUAAUGGGAUUCCCUCACUCAGCAGUACCACCACACUAGCAAUUCAAGUUUGUGAUUGUGGCACUAAUAAUGAUAAAGACUCUUGCAGGAAAAAGGGCUUUUUUUGGAUUUUUUUUAAUUCCGGAGCCUUUAUUGCAAUUUCUGUCUUAUCAAUUGUACUUUUAGCAUUGGCUGUAAUUGUUCACAUAAAGUGCAAGAAAAGUCCUACACACUUCAAUGAGAAAGGAGAAGACUUAAAGGAAAAUAUUGUUAAGUAUGAUGAUGAAGGUGGUGGAGAAGAAGAUACAGAAGCUUUUGAUAUCACAGGACUCAGACAUCAAACAGUGAUGAGAGAACAUAAGAGGAAAAGAAAUAUAAGAACUGACAUUCAAAGUAUGUAUAGGUUGUCCUUGGGACUUGGGCCUGAUGUCACUAUUUUUAAGGAAUACCUUUCAGAGAAGUUGGAAGAAGCUGAUACAGACCCAAGUAGUUUCCCACCUGACUCUCUUCAUACCUAUGCUUACGAAGGCACAGGUUCAACAGCAGGAUCACUAAGCUCCUUGGAAUCAAGUGCACUGGAUUCUAAUCAAUGCUUGGAAUUUGAUCAGGGAUGAGCUCAUAAAUAGGUUACAUGUUCUAAAUAAGGCAUUACAUGGGGAUAAUACGUCCUCUACGAAAAUGAUUGUUCAGCCUUAUUUAUUAAAGGUUCAUGCCACCAUUAAUUGAAAUUACAGUUUUUUGGCUGAUGCCGAGGUUAUCCACUUUAGUGGUGAAAUCCCAUUACCAAAGAUCAAAAUUACACUCACCUUCAUUAGCCACUGCAGGGGGAGACUCACUCUAACUGCUUCUCAUUUUAUUAAAAAUAGUUAAAGAAACAAUAAUGAUGCCUAACCUUUAAAA